AUGACUUUCCAGUUUGUACCUUUCACCUGCCUUUUACUGCUCAUCUCCAGUAUCUGUGGGUUCUUUGUUGAAGCAAACUAUCCUAGAAGCUAUCCUUGUGAUGAGAAAAAGGAGAAUUCCUCAAUUAUUGCAGAAUGCAACUAUCGCCAGCUGAAAGAAGUUCCCCAAACAGUGGGCAGGUAUGUGACAGAGCUAGACUUGUCUGAGAAUUUCAUCACUCACAUAACAAAUGAAUCAUUUGAAGGGCUUCAAAAUCUUACUAAAAUCAAUUUAAACUACAAUGCGAAGCUCCUGCAUCAGAAUGAAAACCCUAAUGUGAAUAAAGUUGGCAUGAAAAUUGCACAUGGGGCUUUCCAGAACCUAAAAUAUCUAAAAGAGUUACUGCUUGAAGACAACCAGUUAUGCAGAAUACCCACUGGUUUGCCAGCAUCUUUGGAAGCACUUAGUCUAAUCCAAAACAAUAUCACAGUGGUGACCAAACGGAACACUUCAGAGCUAGUGAACCUGAGGAGCCUUUUUUUAGGUUGGAACUGCUAUUUUGGCCAUGACUGUAACAAAACAUUUGAAAUAGAAAAUGGAGCCUUUGAGAAGCUUACACAUUUGAAGGUGCUGUCACUGUCUUUCAAUACUCUCUACCACGUGCCACCGAAUCUGCCCAGCUCGCUGUCAGAGCUUUAUCUCAGCAACACUAAGAUCCAAAACAUCAGUCAGGAAGACUUCAGGGAAUUGACAAAUUUAAAUCUACUCGAUUUAAGUGGGAACUGUCCAAGGUGUUUCAACGCUCCGUUUCCAUGUGAACCUUGUCAAAAAAACACUUCGCUUCAGAUUCAUCCCCUUGCUUUUCAAACUCUGACCCAACUUCACUACCUAAACCUUUCCAGCACUUCCCUCUCUACUGUUCCUGCAAGCUGGUUUUAUAAUAUGAGUAAUCUGAAGGCUCUAUACCUUGAAUUCAACUACUUAGUAAGUGAAAUAGCCACUGGGAAUUUUUUAUUAUACCUGCCAAGGUUACAAAUCCUUGACUUAUCUUUUAACUAUAAGUUGACAGACUAUCCCCAGCAUAUUAACAUAUCCAAAAACUUUGCUAAGCUUACAUCUCUCCAGGUGUUGCAUUUAAGAGGUUAUGUCUUCCAGGAACUUAAAGAAAAAGACUUCCAACCUCUGAUGGAGCUCGCCAACUUAAGGACUAUCAACUUGGGCAUUAACUUCAUAAAACAAAUCGAUUUUACCAUUUUCCAAUACUUCCACAACCUGAGUGUUAUUUAUUUGUCAGAAAACAGAAUAUUACCCCUGGUGAAUGACUCGAAAACUGGUUCUUCUUCCCAAAGCCAUAUUCUGAAACCACGCUCAGCACACAGUAAGUUUGACCCACACUCAAAUUUUUAUCAUAACACCAAUCCUCUAGUAAAGCCACAGUGCAGCAAGUAUGGCAGAACCUUAGAUUUAAGCUUGAACAGCAUUUUCUUCAUUGGGGCAAAGCAGUUUCAAGGUUUUGGUGACAUCGCCUGCUUAAAUCUAUCUUCUAACGGCAAUGCCCAAGUGCUGCAUGGAUUGGAGUUUGCAGCUGUGCGUGGGGUCAGAUACCUGGAUCUGACAAACAACAGACUCGACUUUGAUGACGACAACGCUCUCCAGGAACUGACUCAGUUAGAAGUUCUGGAUCUCAGCUACAACUCGCACUAUUUCCGAAUCGCCGGUGUCACACAUCGCCUAGGGUUUAUUAAGAAUCUGAAACAUCUCCAAGUUUUAAACUUGAGCCACAACAGCAUUUACACGCUAACAGAGUUUGAGCUGGUCAGCGUGUCCCUGAAGGAGUUAGUUUUCCGUGGCAACCGCCUUGACCUUCUGUGGUACGGUCAUGACAGCAGGUACUGGCACAUCUUCUCAUCACUGGGCAACCUGACGCAGCUUGAUAUAUCCUUUAAUAAACUGCGACACAUCCCGGAUGAAGCCUUCUGUAACCUGCCCCAUAAUCUCACAGAGCUUUAUAUAAACAAUAAUAUGUUAAGGUUCUUUAACUGGUCACUCCUGCAGCAUUUUACUCGCCUCACGUUGCUUGACUUAAGUAGAAAUGAACUGUCCAUCUUAACGAACAGACUGUCUACAUUCACGCCCUCCCUGCAGACACUGUUGCUGAGGAAAAACAAGAUUGCCCACCUGCCCUCAGGUUUCUUUUCUGAAGCCAGAGGCCUGGCCCACCUCGAUUUGCACUCCAACUUGAUAAGGAUGAUCAACAGAUCCACGCUGGAGACCAGGACCGCCACCAACCUGUCUGUUCUGGAUCUGGGGAGAAACCCUUUCGACUGCACAUGUGACAUUGGUGAUUUCCGAAGAUGGAUGGAUGAGAAUCUGAACGUCACCAUCCCUAGACUGACAGAUGUCACCUGUGCCAGCCCGGGAGAUCAACAGGGCAAGUGUAUCGUGAGUCUGGAGCUCACCACGUGUGUCUCAGACACGAUUGCAGCCAUCUUGUUUUUCUUCACGUUCUUCAUCACCACGACAGUCAUGGUGACCGCCCUGGUCCACCACUGGUUUUACUGGGACGCGUGGUUUAUCUACCAUGUGUGCUUAGCAAAGCUAAAAGGGUACAGAACUCUUUCCACAUCCCAAAGUUUCUAUGAUGCUUACGUUUCUUACGACACCAAAGAUGCCUCCGUCACAGACUGGGUGAUAAAUGAGCUGCGGUACCACCUAGAGGAGAGUGAAGACAAAAAUGUGCUCCUUUGUCUGGAGGAGAGGGAUUGGGACCCAGGAUUAGCCAUCAUCGACAACCUCAUGCAGAGCAUCAACCAAAGCAAGAAAACCAUAUUCGUCUUAACAAAAAAAUACGCCAAGAACUGGAGCUUUAAGACGGCGUUCUACUUGGCCUUGCAGAGGCUGAUGGAGGAGAACAUGGACGUGAUUAUUUUCAUCCUACUGGAGCCAGUGCUCCAGCACUCUCAAUAUCUGAGGCUGCGGCAGCGAAUCUGUAAGAGCUCCAUCCUCCAGUGGCCGAACAACCCCAAGGCGGAAGGCUUGUUCUGGCAAAACCUGAGAAAUGUGGUCUUAACUGAAAAUGAUUCACGGUAUAACAAACUGUAUGUUAAUUCUAUUAAAUAA